CUACUUAGCUAACUAUCCAUCACAGUGACAGCAUUCAGGAAUCAAGGGCAAUGGCGAAACAUCUACACAGCGAUGUCGUCUUAAAGACAAGGGAAAUGCAUACGGCCGGGGAACCAUUGAGGGUGGUAGAGUCUGGCUUCCCCUCCCCUCAGGGUGAUACCAUACUCGACAAAGUCCGCUACACCCGGGAACAUCUCGACCCUUACAGAAAACUGCUGAUGAACGAACCUCGCGGCCAUCUUGAUAUGUUCGGAGCGGUGUUGGUUGAGCCGGAUCACAAGGACGCCGACAUUGCUACCAUGUUUAUUCAUAACGCGGGGUACAGUACGAUGUGUGGACACGCGGUCAUCGCCCUUGGACGGUUCGCCGUGGAUUCAGGACUUGUCAGGAAUCCCUCCAAUCCGGAGACGCGCGUGGCUAUCCAGUGUCCAUGUGGACUGGUGGAGGCCUUUGUGGAGUACAAGGACGGCAAGACCGGAAACGUCCGAUUUAACAGUGUCCCGGCUUUUGUCUUCGCUACAGAUGUGACUGUAGAUGUCCCAGGAUACGGUCACGUGACAGUAGACAUCGUGUACGGAGGAUCGUUCUACGCCUUUGUAGCGGACAGUCAGUACAACUUCCGGCUGGAGGAGGCUUCUAUACAAGACGUCAGGAACGCUGCGGGGGCUACUACAGACGCCCUGAGAAAGCAGCUUAAACUGAGUCACCCAGAGAGUGAUGACCUCGCCUUUCUGUUCGGAACCAUUGUUACGGACGGACAAGACGGACAAGACGGAUGCAGUGAUACACCGUCGUCUAAUGUGUGUGUUUUCGCGGAAAGACAGAUUGACAGGUCACCGUGUGGUUCCGGAGGGACGGCCAGAAUCGCUAGGCAGUAUCAUAAAGAAUAUAUCAAACUUGGACAAGCCAAACAGUUUAUGGGGCCAUCCAAAGCCAAAUUCACGGCUAAGGCUAUUAAGGAAGUGACAUAUGGUGGAUACAAGGCAGUAGUGGUAGAAGUUUCCGGGAAGGGAUACUACUGCGGUUCUUCAGAAUUUUCCGUGGAGGAAGACGACGUCAUAGGGAGGGGAUUUCUGUUGUAAUCCAAAAUUAUUUUGGGGAUUUAUAAGUGAUAGAUGUAUUACCGUAAAUUGAUACAAAUUUUAGAAAUUCAUUAUGAUCUUGAUAUAUAAGUUUUCUAUGACAAUAAUAACGAUACAUUGAGAUCACAAAAUAGCACCAGAUUACCUAGUACCUAAAUACUGGAGGGUUAAAAAAUAAAACGUAUAUCUCCAACAUUUUUCUAUUUCUAUUUUCUUUUUGUGAGGGAUCAUAUGCUACAGCAUACAUGUAAAAAUCCCUUGCUAUGGUGAGUAAUCAGAUAUUUACAGACAAAUCAACAGCCAGAAGCCAUCUCAAGCAAUUAUAUUUUCGAAACAAAAAAUGUGUUCAUCUUAGAAUAAAAGUAUAUUAUAACUUUUGUAUACCAAAAAUAUUUUGAUCUUAACAUUAUGACUGAAAACUGACAGAAAAGAGGAAAACAUUUGUUGCAAUUUGGAUGGAAUGAUUAUUUAAUCAACAGAGAGAAGAUGUUUGGAAAAGAUUCGUUGGUUUAUUCCUUUUCAAGAUGGUCACCAAAACGUUCAUUCUACUGCCUAUCUCAGUAGUCAGAUUCCCAGACAGAUUUCUUGCAAUAUCAAAGGGAUUCAGAUAUUGUGUGUUUGUUUGUUACUUUG